AUGGAGCAUGUUAUGAAUUGUCCUGGUUGGCGUCGAGGUACGGGUGCAUUCCUUCUCUACCUUCUUUUUCAAGUAGGAAUUGCGAAAGGAUCAAAUUAUGGCUACGUGGAAUGGUCAGAGAGCGAUAAAGACCCUGAAAUUAAGGCAAAAUACCCUGUUUACAGCACACCCGAUACAAGGGAGACCAUCUCCAGCAACCCCUUCAUCACGGAGCGAACCGCGGUGGCGCAUAAGAUCGAGGAAGAUCUGCCGCGUGUGGUCACCGCUUUCCUGCACACGGGAGACUCAUCCACCCUCGAGAAUGUCAACUGUUCUAGACGUUACGAGCUGAGCAGUCUCCGCGGUGGAGCUCAUAUCGCCUCGCAUCACUCACUCCACAGCACCCUCGAAACCAUGGCACACGCCACCAACUUCCUAAACAUGCUCUUACAAUCCAAUAGAUCCAGAGAGCAACAUCUGAGAAGGGACAUCCAGUGGUACGACGCGCUGGUGAGGAGUAUGUUGGAAGGGAAUCCUAAAAUCCACCGGGCGGUGGUCACAUUUCACACGGAAUCUCCGGAGGCGCCUGGACCACAGGUCUUCCUCCAGGCGACCAGAGCCAAGAACCAGAUCGUGCUUCAAGAUCUCUCCAGCACCGCGCACCAUCGCCUUCAGAACAGGACAUCCGAGACCGAAUGGUACAACCAGUUUAGGGACCGAAAGAGACCCCACCUGCUCAAAAGAGUUUCAGAUGCUCAUAGCGGAUAUUUUCUGGACAGAAGUCAUGUCAAAUGGUCUGCGCCCUAUCUGGAGUGCGAGCAGGGGAGUUUUGUGCCACACUGGCUUUUAACGCUCUCCGAAGGUUUUUAUGGCUUAAAGAAUAACACGAAGCCAGAGUUCAGAGGAGUUGUUCGUGUAGAUGUUAAUGUACAGGAUGUGGACAUUGACCAGUGCUCAAGCAGUGGCUGGUUUGCUGGCACUCACCGCUGUAACUUGACAUCUAUGGAGUGUAAACCGAUUCUGGGCCAUGGAUUUGUGCUGGACAAGUACAAGUGCCAAUGCAAGAGUGGUUUCUAUCACCCAAGCCGAGUGGCUCUCAAUGGCCUCUCAAAAUCAGAGCAGGGCGCAUACAGUGACAAAUCAUGGGAAGUGUCCGGGAGGUGCUUGCCCUGCCGAGAAGGCUGUGCGUUCUGCGGGGAUGACACACCGUGUCUGGCUCAGAAGGACACUGUCCUUUGCCUAGCUAUGGUCUCCUUUCAAGGCUUCUGCAUGCUUCUGGACUUCAUCAGUAUGGUUGUUGUCUACCACUUUCGACACAACAAGAGAAUCAGAGCAUCUGGUCUCAUUCUUCUUGAAGCAAUACUUUCGGGAUCUGUACUCCUCUACUUUCCUGUCAUGAUACAGUACUUUAAUCCAAGUAUAUUCCGGUGCAUUCUCCUGAGAUGGGUUCGCCUGCUCGGCUUUGCCACUGUCUAUGGAACGGUGAUUCUGAAACUAUAUAGAGUUUUGAAAGUGUUCCUGUCACGCACAGCCCAGCGGAUCCCAUACAUGACAAGCUGGAGGGUUCUGCGUCUGCUGGGUGUGAUUCUGCUUGUUGUUCUGUGGUUCCUUGUGGCCUGGACUUCAGCCGUAAGCCAGAGCCAAGACACCCACCACACCCUCAUUGACAUCGGGGUCACUCCAGAGGGUCUGCAGUUCAGCAUGUGUCUACUGGACAGCUGGGACUACAUGAUGGCUGCUGCGGAGUUCCUCUUCCUGCUUUGGGGAGUCUAUCUGUGCUAUGCUGUACGGACUGUGCCCUCUGCCUUCCAUGAGCCUCGCUACCUAGCGGUUGCUAUUUAUAAUGAACUUCUCAUCUCUGCAAUAUUCCACAUCAUUAGAUUCUCUCUUGACACUGGGCUUCAUCCAGAUUGGAUGCUGAUGUUAUUUUUCGUCCAUACACACUUGACGGUGACUGUUACACUGGGAUUACUUCUUAUUCCAAAGUUCCUGUUCACUGGGACUCAUAUGCGGGAAGACAUUGCCACAGAGGCUUAUGAGGAUGAGCUGGAAAUGGGUCACUCAGGCUCCUGCUUGAACAGCAGCACAAUGUCAGCCUGGAGUGAACACAGUCUAGAUCCUGAGGACAUUAGGGAGGAACUUAAAAAACUCUACUCCCAAUUAGAGAUAUAUAAACGAAAGAAGAUGCUGGCAAAUAACCCUCACUUACAGAAAAAGCGCAGUUCCAAGAGGGGCCUUGGACGGACACUAAUGCGGCGAAUAACAGAAAUACCCGAUACAGUAAGUCGACAAUACAGUCGGGAAGAGAGGGACGGAAGUGAGCAUGGAAGCAACAGAAGUACCCUACAGAGAAACCCCUUUGACACAUCUCACUAUGGGAAGUCAAGGGAAGAAUCUCUGAAAAGCAAGAUGUUUUCACUUAAGAGAUCUCAUAGCUAUGAACAUACACAUGACCAAGGUGGGCAAACAAACGGGGGGCCUGAAAAUAAAAUGGAGAACUCCACCGAGACUUCUCUGCUGGACACCUUGAUGGGCAGGAGGUCCAACAAGAAGAACACUGAGGUGCCAAAGGCUGAGUUAGCUGAAUCGACUGAGUCGGUGCCCUCAAUGUGCAAGUCCGUUAGUGCACACAACCUAGCAGCAGACAAAAAGCCUGUACAUCUUCGAACCACAAUGUUACAGAAGUCACUGUCUGUCAUUGCUAGCGCCCGAGAGAGGACACUAGGCAUUGCAGGGAAGAUGCACAGUAUGGAGGAUGCCAGUAAAAAGGGUCUCAAUGCAAAAGACAGCACAGUGCUUUCAGAAGUUGAUGAAUCCUCGGAGUGUGUUCCAAAAAUGAUCAUCAGCCAGUCAGUUGAGUACACCAAAACGGCAAGUAAGAUGGGUAUCAUGAAGCAGCAGGUCAGUGGGAGUCAGCCCUCCAUUUGUUCUGAACCAGGUAAGAGCAAGGACCUGUAUGACCUCUCUGAGGUGUGUCCUUGGGAAGUCGAGGAGUUACCCACACCAUCUGAAGGGAAGGCCCAGAAGCAUGUAUCCAUUGCCCCAACCGAAACCACCACCAUCCAUGGGACCAGCACAAAAAGUGUACGGUCACAACACAAACAAAAAGGGGUGACCCAAUCACCCUCAAACCGUCGUCGCUCCAGGGAUAAGACUGGGGAAAGGGAUGAAGGAAGGAAACCUAAAUCACCUCUCAACCUCACUUCCCAUAAAGAUGUAAGUCCAUGGAGCUUUGAGGACCCAUUUGUCCAAGUAAUCGAGACUGGAGGACUGUCUCCAGAGAGAACAAGAUGCAUAAAAAGUGUUACUCCCACAGAUGGAAAGCCCAAGAUCAUCCUCUCAGAUAUCUCUAAGUCCACAGGAAGCCUUCUGCAGCCUCCAGCUGUCAUGGUGGACAUCUGUCCUUGGGAUUAUGAUCCACCUGUGUCCCCCAACCAGGACAAGAUGUCCAGCCCCACACAUCAUUCAAAGAGAAGGGAUUCUUGCUCAAAAAGAAAAGGAUCCUGCUCUUCCAGAGAGAAAGCAAAGGAUAAAGAGGACAAUAAACAAAGGUCCAAGAGUAGGGAGCGGAGAUGCUCCUCGAGCAAACCCUCGCAACGUCGCACAAGCCAAUCAUCAGAGGGUGGCCAAGUCGCCACGGUGGCUUCUGGAAGGAGGAGGAGCUCUACAAGAGAGACAGCGAUUAUCAGCAGUAAGCAUACUGAUAUUUGCCCGUGGGAGACAGAGGUAUUGCCAAGUGUUACCUCAAAUGGCAAACAACCUCCAACAAUGGAGAACCACACAACUAGUACACCAGCCACUUACCUCAGCAUGGCCGACAUUUGUCCAUGGGACUUUGAUGAUAAGAUGUCAGGGAAAAGUGCUUGACACAAGACUCACAAAAUUACACCACUCAGUAUGGUUUAUGAGAUGACCAAUUGUCAACAUACUGUAUUUGAGAGGCCCCAUUUACACAUGGUUUUACGAUACGUCUCGGGUGAUCCGAUCACAUGUGGUCAGGUGAAACACAUCGCUGUUUACACGUAGUCACUUAAAUGCAUAUCCUAUGACCACUUGUGUUAGAUUUAGGAAGAGAGAGUCUCUGUUUCAUGACAACAUACGUCAGUCACUAUGCCAGUGAGUUACUGCAUGAUAUUAAAGUGUAGCA